GUCACGGACCAGGAAGACAGAUGGCCCGUCCCGGCGGGGGCGGGGCCUGCGUGCGUCGCCGGCGCCCCGCCCCUCCCGUCAGACACUGCGCCAUUAUACCCGGCUGUGGGAGGGGACAGUGCCGGUGCCCCGGCGCGAGGGAAGAGGGCGAGGUGGCUUUUCUUUGGGACAGCCCAGGACUCCCCCAAGAGAACAAUGGACUCUGGAUCUCGCCCAGCUGUUGGCUGCUGCAGCAAUCCUACAGGACUUUCACGCGAGUACAAAUUAGUGAUGCUUGGCGCGGGUGGCGUGGGGAAAAGUGCCAUGACUAUGCAGUUUAUCAGCCACCGAUUUCCAGAAGACCAUGACCCCACCAUCGAAGAUGCUUAUAAAAUCCGGAUCCGCAUUGAUGAUGAGCCUGCCAAUCUGGACAUUUUGGAUACUGCUGGACAGGCAGAGUUUACAGCCAUGCGGGAUCAGUACAUGAGAGCAGGAGAAGGGUUUAUCAUCUGCUAUUCUAUCACGGAUCGUCGAAGCUUCCAUGAAGUUCGGGAGUUUAAGCAGCUUAUUUAUAGAGUUCGACGUACUGAUGAUACACCUGUGGUUCUUGUGGGAAACAAAUCUGAUCUAAAACAACUAAGACAGGUCACCAAGGAAGAAGGAUUAUCUCUGGCUCGGGAAUUCAGCUGUCCUUUUUUUGAAACAUCUGCUGCGUAUCGCUACUACAUCGAUGAUGUUUUCCAUGCUCUGGUGCGGGAGAUCCGUCGGAAAGAAAAGGAGGCAGUGUUGGCCAUGGAGAAAAAAUCUAAACCCAAAAACAGCGUGUGGAAGAGGCUGAAGUCGCCAUUCCGGAAGAAGAAAGACUCAGUAACUUGAAGGAAAGAAGGGAAGCGUUCUCUGCGAACUGCAGUGCUUAAUGGAAGCGGUCCAGUAACCUGCAGUAGUGAGCGUGGCACUUGCUCUUUCUCCUGUCAUGACAGUUAUUUUAAAAGUAACCGAUGAGGGGAACAUGCCUGCUAGGAGUUUGCAAUGAUGUGGUAUUUCAAGUACUAUCUCUUAGUUAAUUCUGAUUUAUUAAUCCAGGGGAGCACUGUCUGCUUUUCAAUUGUCACAUUAGAAUUUGAUCUACCAAUGUUUUGGGUUCUGUUGCUGAUAUUAAUUAAUUAAUGUAAAAUUGUCUAUACCCAGAAGACUAUAUGUACUAUAUUUGUUCAUCUACGUUCACAAAAGGAAUUUUCUGCCAUGCAGUCCACGUUAUCCUUCAACUUAGGUUUCCUGGGACGAUCCCAGAGAAGGGGCUCAGGCUCCUCUUCAAAUAGUGCUUCCUGGAGAUAGAACAGAAGUCGUGUAAGGAAUUCAGUGCUGAGAGAGGUCAGCAGACAGCUGUGGCGCUGACUGCUCUUGCCGGGUACGGAAUGAUGAGAUGUGGGGAAACUGGGCAUGCUUUGUGGGGACACGGUUAGCAAGAGGUAGGAGCAGAUUCCUGGUUCUGAGUCGGACUUUGCUGAGAGCCGCGUGUUUGACCCCAAGGCACUGAGAUGGUAAGAACAGAUGGAAGCUAUGAACUGUAAUGACGCUUUCUCCGGGAGGUUACUGUGCUUCGCCUUUCUUUACCUGCAAAGGUAAACACUGUAGGAGCCAUGGCUGUAUAACUGAACAACUCGUGCAGGCUUUUUCUUGCCCACGGACGGCACACAGCGACUCGUUUCCAUUCACUGCUUCCUCGUGCUGCCCCUUCCUGGCCCCUUCCCUGUGCUCUGGAGCAGGGCCAGGCCAGCAGGAUCUUUCAGAGCUUCCUCGGACUGACUGCAUUCCUCAGGGAAGUGCCCUCAGGAGUUGCAGUAAGAUUGUGUGUGCCCCGUGACGCCACGGUCACUGCGCCUCACGCGUCAGUGUCGAAGCUUUAAGGUUCACGUGUGUUGGGCUUCUCACCUGAAGAUGUCUUUGGAAGGACCUCGUGAAGUUUAUUUACCUCAGGGGUUUCUGAGCCUUGCCGAAGUUUAGCCUAAGGAACGCCACUGUGCGCCCUGUGUGUGGCUGAGAAAGUGUGGUUCUAGGAAGAUGCAGCUUUAAGUACUGGCAGCGAGUUCUCUGUGAGGAGCAGGAUUUUGGUAUCUGAACUUGUUAGGUAUGGAGAGAAUUGCAAAAGUGCUAAGAGAAAACAUCACCUAUUGCAUAUUAACGUCACUGAAGCAGUGUUUGUGUUUACUUUAAACUCUGAAAAGAUGACCUUGUGGAUCACCUUUCACAAGAGCCCAGCCCGGCAACUGUUUUUCAGGUCCUGCUUCUCUUGUGAUGGUAUACGUUCUAGAUUCAAAAGCAAAAAAGUAAUGUUUUUAACUCUGAGCAGUGGUCCCUUUCGAAACUCCUGGCAACAUCUUCGCUACCAAAUAAAUUGUGUUUUAUGGUACUCAGAGUACAUCCAAAGAGGAAGGAGCCAGAAUCAAGUCUUUGCAGGUCAGAAGUCUCACAGGAAUCCUCGCACUGUGGGGAAGCCUGAAAGUAGAGGAGAAACGCAGUGCAGUUCUGUCUCGCACGUUGAUCUGGUGUCACGCCUGUUAAGUGAAUGCCUUCACUUCUCACUCCUGCUGACCUACGGGAUUGUUAUUAGCAUCGAGCAAGGAAUUGACCGCUGCAUAAUUAUUCAAGAUAGUCAAGCCAACACAGAACAUGCCCAGAGAGAAGGAACUGUAAGACAGAAGGGAAUGUGCAUUGCAUCUAAGCAGAGUAACAAAUCAGUGUGUGUGAGACCAUCACUGUCAUGUAUUUGAUCCUUGGAUUAAAUAGUCUGUUGAUUAGUAUUGAGAAUUUCAUUCAUGGUGCUAGAUAGUUUAAAUCAUAGCUCUAUUCUUAGCAGUUCUAACUAAUCAGCUUUAUCCAAUUUGAGGGCAUUAAAUUAAUUACUGCCUGAACUUUGAAGAGAGAAAAAUUUCAGGGACAAGUUGAAAGGCAGUGGAACUGUUCAUGUCCAUACCAGAUCAGUUAAUGACAAGAUUCAGAAGCUAGGAUCUAGAGUUAGCUGUAGAGAACUCAAAGAGACGUGAUGCAUUAGCUAGAAUCUAGUUCUGUGGUGUGUGGGGAGGAAAGGAGAAAAGUUUUUCACUUAAUGCACUUGUAUAUGAAUUCAGUUUGUAUGACACAAUACAGAACCUUUAAACAA